AUGGAUCAUCUGCUGCACCAUGGGCACGAGAUGAGGAGGCCGUCCGUGUCCGUGCCCGGCCACGAGGCGGCGCUGAGGGCCGUCCAUAAGCCGCCGGCCAAGCCGUGGCGCGCGGGCGGGGGCCUGACGCCGGCGCCGACGCCGCCCAAGGUGUACCGCGUGGAGCCCCGGGAGUUCCGCGACCUCGUGCAGAGGCUCACCGGCGCGCCCGCCGCGGCCAUGGCCAGGCAGCACCAGCACGGCCAGCAGCAGCUGCUGCCGCGCGCGCCGACGCAGCCCGUGCCCAUGCGCCCCGGCGGUGUCGAGGACAGUGCGGCCGCGGCCGGGCAGAUGUACGCGCCCUGGUGCUCGUUCCCGCUCAUGGGCCCGCCGGCGUCCAUGCACCCCGGCCUCGACGGCCACCACCUCAUAUAG